AGGAGCUACAUUGACAUUUCUGUUGGAGGCUCAGUGCAGGUUACAGUUGUUUUACAACACUAUGGCGUGAAAAAACAAUAUUUUUGACAGGAUAUUUUUGAUCCAAAUAAUUGCAAAAACAAGUACAGAGCAGUCCGACCAAGUGGUGUGCAGGGGAUUCGCGGUCAACCAUGGAUACCACCACUUCCUUGAAGAUGACCUCUCUGGCUGUCCAGAGUCUGUUCAGCUACGUGGAGGAGGAGAACCUGGCUGCCAUCAAGGCACAUUUGGACAAGUUUAGAGAUGUGGACAGCAGGAGUGAUAAUGGACAGACUCCCCUGAUGGUGGCAGCAGAACAGGGCAAUCUGGAGAUAGUGCAAGAGCUCAUUAGGAGAGGUGCCAACGUUAACUUGGAUGACGUUGACCGCUGGACAGCAUUGAUUUCGGCAGCUAAGGAGGGACACAUCGAGGUGGUGAGGGAACUGCUGGAGAAUGAUGCCAACUUGGAGCUCAGAGACAUGGGAGGAUGGACUGCUCUUAUGUGGGCAGCCUACAAAGGUCGAACAGAUGUUGCCCAGCUGCUUUUAGAAAGAGGUGCUAACCCUAACAUCACUGGACAGUACAGUGUCUAUCCCAUCAUCUGGGCAGCAGGUCGAGGCCAUGCAGAAAUUGUCCAUCUUCUGUUGGUGCAUGGAGCCAAGGUCAACUGCUCAGACAAGUAUGGGACCACUCCUUUAAUCUGGGCUGCAAGGAAGGGCCACCAUGAUAGUGUGAUGCACCUCCUAGCCAAUGGUGCAGAUGUGGACCAAGAGGGAGCUAACUCAAUGACAGCUCUUAUUGUGGCUGUAAAAGGUGGCUACACAGAUGUUGUCAAGGGACUGCUGAAGAGGAACCCGAAUGUUAACAUGACAGACAAGGAUGGCAACACAGCCCUCGCCAUUGCUGCCAAGGAGGGACACACAGAGAUUGUGCAGGACUUGCUUGAUGCUGGCACUUAUGUUAAUAUUCCAGAUAGGAGUGGGGAGACAAUGUUGAUAGGAGCAGUGAGAGGAGGUCAUGUGGAGGUAGUCCGAGCUCUGCUGAACAAAUAUGCUGACGUUGACGUCAGGGGCCAGGAUGGAAAGACUGCCCUCUACUGGGCAGUGGAGAAAAGUAAUGCCACCAUGGUGCGAGACAUCCUGCAGUGUAACCCAGAUACAGAGAGCUGGACUAAGGAAGGAGAAACACCACUCAUCAAAGCCACUAAAAUGAGGAACAUAGAGCUAGUUGAACUGUUGCUGGACAAAGGAGCCAAAGUGUCUGCUGUGGACAAGAAAGGAGACACGCCUCUUCACAUUGCCAUCCGUGGACGUAGCCGAAAGUUGGCUGAGCUGCUGCUCAGGAACCCUAAAGAUGGCCGCCUAUUGUACCGCCCCAACAAAGCUGGAGAAACGCCUUAUAACAUUGACUGCACCCAUCAGAAAAGCAUCCUGACACAGAUAUUUGGAGCCAAGCACCUAUCCCCCUCUGAGUCGGAUGGAGACAUGUUAGGUUAUGAUCUGUAUAGCAGCGCUCUAGCAGACAUCCUCAGUGAGCCCACCAUGCAGCCACCUAUCUGUGUUGGCCUAUACGCUCAGUGGGGGAGCGGCAAGUCUUUCCUCCUUAAAAAACUUGAGGAUGAAAUGAAGACAUUUGCAGGCCAGCAGAUAGAACCACUGUUCCAGUUCUCCUGGCUGGUGGUUUUUCUCACGCUGCUUCUUUGUGGCUCAGUAGCCAUCAUCCUCGGCUUUACUGUGGAUCACAAGUUGGCAAUUGCUGUCUCCCUAAGUCUCCUUGCCCUGCUCUACAUCUUUUUUGCGUUGGUGUACUUUGGAAGCAGACGUAAGAGGGAAAGCUGGAACUGGGCAUGGGUCAUCAGUACCCAUCUGGCUCGUCAGGUCGGCUACCUGGAACUGCUGCUCAAACUGAUGUUUGUCAACCCUCUUGAACUUCCUGAGCAGACCACUCGAGCCCUCCCAGUCAGGUUCUUGUUUACGGAUUAUAACCGUCUGUCCAGUGUCGGAGGAGAGACCUCCUUGGCUGAAAUGAUUGCUACUCUGUCAGAUGCCUGUGAGAGGGAGUUUGGCUUCCUGGCAACCAGGCUGUUCAGGGUUUUUAUGAAUGAUGAGAUCAAAGGUCAAAAAUGGAAGAAAACAUGCUGUGUUCCUUCUUUUGUGCUGUUUUCUUUGACACUUGGUUGCCUGAUCACUGGAGUAGCACUGUUGGCUAUCUUCAAGGUGGACCCUGAGAAUCUGACAGUAAAUGCAGUGCUGAUUGCUAUGGCCUGUGUGGUGGGCCUAGCCUUACUGUUCAACUGUAAGACUUGGUGGCAAGUGGCUGAUUCUAUCCUCAACUCCCAGAGGAAACGCCUGCAUGGAGCCGCCAACAACUUGCAUAAGCUCAAGAGUGAAGGAUUUAUGAAGGUUCUGAAGCAUGAAGUUGAGAUGAUGUCAAAAAUGGCCAAAACUAUUGAUGGGUUUACCCAGAACCAGACCCGCAUGGCUGUCAUUAUUGAUGGGCUAGAUGCUUGUGAACAGGACAAAGUGCUGCAGAUGCUCGACACGGUGAGGGUUCUUUUCUCCAAGGGUCCUUUUAUUUCCAUCUUUGCUAGUGACCCCCAUAUUAUCAUCAAAGCUAUCAACCAAAACCUUAAUAGUGUGCUGAGAGACUCAAACAUAAAUGGACAUGACUACAUGAGAAACAUUGUCCACCUGCCAGUAUUUCUUAACAGCAGAGGACUCAGCACAGCCAAAAAGCUGUGCAUGGCAGCCCCGACCAAUGGAGAGGCUCUGCCUGCUGAAGGAUGGCAUGAAGACAUGGAUCGGAAGGUGUCUCAGAACAGCCUGGCCCAAGACCAGGGCAAGUUUGGCAGCAAAAACACCCUAAACCGAAGGGACACAUACCGCCGUCGUCAGAUGCAGAGGACCAUCACCAGACAAAUGUCUUUUGACCUGACCAAGCUGCUAGUGACUGAGGACUGGUUCUGUGAUAUCAGCCCACAGACUAUGAGGAGGCUGCUCAACAUUGUUUCUAUAACAGGUCGUCUGUUGCGGGCCAAUCAAAUCAUUUUCAACUGGGAUCGUCUGGCAUCGUGGAUUCAUCUGACAGAGGAGUGGCCUUACAGAACAUCAUGGAUCAUCCUCUUCUUGGAAGAGGCUGAUGGAGUGUCUGAUCAGGUCACUCUCAAGACCAUCUAUGAGAGAAUCUCCAAGAAUAUUCCCACCACCAAGGACAUUGAGCCCCUUCUGGAGAUUGAUGGAGACAUCCGAAGCUUUGAGGUCUUCCUUUCCUCUAGAACACCUGUUCUUACUGCAAGAGAUGUGGAAAUGUUUCUUCCCUGCACUGUCAACCUCGACCCCAAACUUAGGGAGAUCAUAACAGAUGUGCGUGCGGCCAGGGAGCAGAUGCACAUUGGAGGAGUGACCUAUCCCACGCUGCCCCUGCAAGAGGUAGUGCCCCGUCCUCAGUCAGGGUAUGGCCCGCACUCUGCUGCCUGCUCCCCAACAGGCUCUUUCUCUGGGUCACUGCCUCCUCAGCCCCACAGCUCUUACUUCAGUGGGAUGACAGGUCCUCAACACCCAUUCUACAACCGGCCUUAUUUCCCCCAUCAUGUGUAUCACCUGCCACGACAUUACUCCCACCAUGUCCCCUCAUCCUCACGCCCUUCCAUUAAAAUUCCUGGUCAACCCCAAGAAGCCAGUGGACUUCAUUUAAAGUCGCUGCCUUACAAAUUGAAGCAGGUCUGUCCUGCUGCCCUGCUCAGCUCUUUGAGCACCGAUGCAGUGUGUGAGCGUCUCAAACAGAUAGAUGGAAUUGACCCAAACAUGUUGCCGCAGUACACAGCUACCAUCAAAAAGGCUAAUAUAAAUGGUCGAGUGCUUACUCAUUGCAAUCUUGAAGAGUUGAAGAAAGAGAUGGAGAUGAACUUUGGUGACUGGCAGCUCUUCAGAGGAAUGGUGAUGGAGCAACGCCAUGCUGAAAGCCAGUCGGUGCUGCAGGAUGAGUCCCGAGCUGCGAGCGAGCAGGGCAGCAGCGUGCUCCAUGGGGAGCCCAGCAGACGCUCAGGAGGAAUCCAGCAUGAAACACCGGCCUUCAGCCUCAACCUUAGCUUCGAAGAGCUCAGCGGAGUGGGGCUGGAGGAGCCUCCCAGACGCAGCAACAACCCACACUGGCCGGUGGCAAAUCACCGCACUUCAAGCAUGUCCAGUCUCAACUCCCAGGAAUCCUCUAAUGACAUCUGCAAGCUGACAGACAAGCAGCAGGCUGAGUAUCGUGAUGCCUACAGGGAGUACAUCGCUCAGAUGGCCCAGCUGGAGAUGUCCGGCAGUGGGGGGGAGAGGCCUGUGCAGCCCCACCCUGGACAAUUCCUCCAGGCUGUCAGCUCCGAGGACAAAGGGGCCAAGGAAGGAACUGAUCAAGACAGUCGCAAGUCCUUUACCAAGAGAGGCUCCAAAAGUAGCGAUGCCACAGAUUUUGCCUCAGGGGCAGAUGCUCAGCUUCUAGACCCCAUCAGUGAAGAGGACGAGAAGCUAGACCAUAGUGUGUCUUCCAAGACCUCAGGCUCUAGGAAGAAUGGAGCUGGGUCAUACUACCACAGGCUGCCCAGCGAAGAAGACUCAGGCCCAGAAGAAGCUGACAACACCACACCUCUCCUCCACAAAGAAGCAAAGACCAGUGCUCUGUCUGCACAAAGAGCCAAGCCUGGCCUCCUUACAGAUAUCCUCCUAGAUCAGAAGGACUCUUCUGAUUCAGGGAUGCGCUCCAGUGACAGCUCCUCAGACCCCUCCCUGGAGGAAGCUGAAGGAAACACCAACAGAGAGAGAGAAGCAUUUGAGCCAAGUACAAUUGAACUUGAGCUGGAGGGGUUGGUGAAGAAGAGAGGCCUCCUCCCAAGCAGCCUGAGCGGCCUGCAGGAUGCCACGGUGGCACGCAUGUCCAUCUGCUCCGAAGCUCCAUCCGAAGCCAGCCUAAUGGCCAGCAGCCCAGAUGAGGGGUGGCCGUCCAACGGGGUCAGCAACCUCAACCGCACCGCCAGCAACACCACCCUCAAUAACAACACAAGCAGCCCCAAUGACACCAACACUAACACCAACAACAGCCAUCAGCAGCAGGCUAACAUCACAGGCACAGAGUCCACCACCUCCUCCGCCAGCGUCAUCAUCCCGCCAGCUGUCAUCAUCACCCCCGGCAGCAGCACUGCCAACACCACGGCUGCCAUCAUCCACCACAACCAGAACCUGUGCACCAUCAGUCUGGGAGACGAGAGGGAGAGUGUCCUCUGAAAAGCUGCGUGUUUGUUUGUAAGAUGGGUCAUGCAGAGGUUGGUUCUUGAUGUUAUCGGUAGCAAAAUUAUAGGUUUGAUGUUGUGAUGUGUUCCAAAGAUUUAGAGAAGAUAUCUGUGUUCUGUUGUUUGGAGAAAAUGUCGGAGGUGUUGCUGCAAAUCAAGUGGACAGUAUCCAGAAGUUUUAAAUAUCUGCUUGAAAGAAAAACAUUUCCCGUAGUUAAAAAAAAAAAGAGAAAAGAAAGAAAAAAAAAACAAUAAAAUAACAUUUGAAUUUUA